CCGGGGCGCACCCCUCUGGUCCCGGCAGAGUGGUUGGGUCUCCCUGACUCCUCAGGGAAAGCCGGCAGGACGGGGCGGGAGAACGAGGGGCAGCAGGAGGGACUGGGGAGGUCAGAGGUCACCCCGGGGGUCAGGGGACGUCGGAGGUUAGCCGCGGGCGGGGCAGGAGCUCCGAGUCCAGGCGGGUUGGGGACGGAGCGUGGGGUUCCGUGUAAGUCAAGGAUCUGCAGGGAGGGUCGGGGGUUCCAGGGACCCUCGCGCCCCGGGCGGUGCAUGGGGCUCCCCAGCCUGCGGGCGGCUGCUGGGGCCCUGAGGAAAGCCUGCGGAGCGUGGAUCCCGCGCCCGGGACCGUAUCGCUUCUGUUUGCCCCCCAUGGCCGGGAACGGAAAGGCUCCUGUGCCAAUGAGCACCAGGCAGGAGCAGGAUAGGAAGUCCCCUAGCGGCUGGCAGGGCCGGGCUCGGGCCUGGGAGGAACCAGAGCAACAGGCGAAGAAGCUCAAGAGCAGCGCAGAUGGGGAGCCGCACAGGAAGCUGCCCAAGCGGAAGAUUGUGUUGCUUCUGGCCUAUUCCGGGAAGGGCUACCAUGGCAUGCAGAGGAAUGUUGGGUCCUCACAGUUCAAGACCAUCGAAGAUGACCUGGUGUGUGCCCUGGUGCGGUCAGGCUGUAUUCCAGAGAAUCAUGGCGAAGACAUGAGGAAGAUGUCCUUCCAGAGGUGCGCCCGGACAGACAAGGGCGUGUCUGCGGCUGGCCAGGUGGUGUCCCUGAAGGUGUGGCUGAUUGAUGGCAUUUUAGAAAAGAUCAACAGCCACCUCCCAUCUCACAUUCGGAUACUGGGAGUGAAGCGAGUCACAGGCGGCUUCAACUCUAAGAACAAAUGUGACGCCAGGACCUACUUCUAUAUGCUGCCCACAUUUGCCUUUGCCCACAAGGACCAUGAUUUGCAGGAUGAGACAUACCGGCUGAGUGCAGAAACUCUGCAGCACGUGAACCGGCUCCUUGCCUGCUAUAAGGGCACGCACAACUUCCACAACUUCACCUCGCAGAAGGGGCCUCAGGAGCCCAGUGCCCGGCGCUACAUCCUGGACAUGUUUUGUGAGGAGCCCUUCGUGCGUGAGGGCAUGGAGUUUGCAGUGAUCAAGGUGAAGGGGCAGAGUUUCAUGACGCACCAGAUCAGGAAGAUGGUUGGCCUGGUGGUAGCCAUCGUCAAGGGCUACGCACCUGAGAGCGUGCUGGAGCGCAGCUGGGGGGAGGCAAAAGUGGAUGUACCCAAGGCACCAGGGCUGGGCCUUGUCCUGGAGCGCGUGCACUUCGAGAAGUACAACCAGCGCUUUGGCUGUGACGGGUUGCAUGAGCCUCUGGACUGGGCACGCGAGGAGGCAGAGGUCACUGCCUUCAAGGAGCAGCACAUCUACCCCACGAUCAUCAGUACCGAGCACCAUGAGCGGUCCAUGGCCCUGUGGCUGAGCACCCUGCCCAUGCACGACUUCAGUGCCACUGCUCAUGCGGCAGCUGGCCCCGAUGCCAAGGUGGGGCUAGGGGCUGGCACGGGCCCUUCCAAGGAGCUUGCCAAGUGUGUGCCUGCAUCUGCCCUGUCUGUGGCUGAGCUGCUAACCCACUCUGCACUGGCGUUGUGGUGCCCAUUGCAGAGAUGAACAAGCUGAAGCUCAGAAUGUGCACCCCACCCUACAGGUUCCACAGCAGAGGGAGGAGCUGGCCAGGGCCUUAGACUGGGUGGCUGGUGACCCCAAAACACUGCCUUGCACUCGCUUCCUGCUCGGCACUUGGUGAUAUUGGGCAAAGGACACGCUCAGUAGCUUGUCUUCCCGUUUGUGAGGGGGAGAGGACAGUGGGGCGUCGUUGGGCUGACACUGCUGCUUCCUUAGUGUCUGUUGUUAAACCUGCUCCAGAACAUGAGGUUCCUUGAGGCGAAGUGCCCAGAUGCUCUUCAUUCAUUGUGGCAGCUUUCCCCCAGGCCACAGUGCCCACCAUCUGCAAGGGAGGGCAGUCUGGGUCCUGGGUUCCAGCUGUCACUUGGCCCUGCUGCACAGACUUGGCUGCUAGGCUUGCUGUCAAAGGUUCACAAGGAGCUGUCUGAAGUGCAGCUCAUCCAUGAGUUACCUGCCAACUGUAUUUUAGGAGCAGAGCAUUGGUGAUUGGAGGCGGUGGAGCUGAUAGCAGUUUGAAGUUCUCAGUUCUUUUUAGGGGGUGAGGGAUGUCCCCAAAGACCGUGUUCUCUUGUGGUGGCCUAGCAGGUUUUUAAAGGGUGAGAUUCUCCUGUGGAGCUCUGGGAGAUUUCUUCCCAUUGGCUAGAUAUUCAGAAAAACAUUGUCCUUACUCCAUCCCUGGGUUGUAAACUCAGGUGCACACAGGUAAGGUAAGCAAGUGAAGCGAGCCAGGUAUAAGAAAAGCCGGAGCAUAGGUCGGGUGAUAAAUGGCAGCCAGUGCAGGGAGGCAGUCGGGAUUGGCAUACUGGCAAACAGGAGAGCCCUGGUUACACCUGAAAGGCUUCUGUAGCUCAGAACAGUCAGUGGUGGCCACAAAGAUGUGCCCAGUGCUGUCAGAGCUCAGAUUUUUCUAAGAGAAACUGGCAUUCCAGAAUUUUAUGUGAAGUCUUCCACUCUACAUGCUGGUGGUUAUAUGUAAUAAUGGCAGAUGGAGCAUAUGCGACUGGGGGCCAGCCUUUGCCCUCUCCUUGAUUCCCACUAUCAGAGGCUCUGACCAUCUGCCAUCUUUACAUACUACUGAGGAGCCUGCCCUUGUCCAGUUUUACCUCCCCUGAGGACAUUGCAUCCCUGGGGAUUUGAAGACACCCACUAAACACCCCCUGGCUUUUCCUGCUCAAGCCAGGUCCUUGACCCAGAUUGAAAGCCAAGAAGUCUGCCUGAGAACAAAGGCUUCCCCUCGUUGCCAAUGGGGCAGGCUGCUGCUGCUGAGCCCAUGUGGACGGCCCCCUUCUUGGGGCAGCAUGCUCCCCCGCAGCCGCCUCGUCUGCUCUUGUUCUGCAGGUCCCCAGCCCCCUGGAAGGCAGCGAAG